CGGAUACGGGGCAGCGUCCAUCCAUCCACCCUGUCUUUCGAAACCCAUCCGCUUGUUGUUAGGAAUAUGACGUGUAGACUCCGAGCUAGAAGUGUCACCUGUCAAACGGAGUCGCAGGGGGAGAGAGAGAGCACAGCGGGAUUGAAUUUGGGGCAGAAGGAUGGUCACCGUUAGCGCAUGAUCGGAGCCUUCUGCGCUUUAGUCUCCUGUCAAGAUGGUCUAUCAUUCAUCAUUAAAGGUUGAUGAUGAAAUUCAGCAGGCAUGCAGUUGUCCUAUUCUUCCUCUAAAAAGCCAUAUUAGAGGGCCUGCCCCUACUGCUGAAGCAGGUAGUAUGGACAUUAUCGAUGAGGCUAUCAACUACUUCCGUGCGAAUGUCCUCUUUAGGAAGUUCGAAAUCAAAGGUCCUGCGGACAAGUUGCUAGUUUAUUUGACCCUGUAUAUCAACAUGGCCCUUAAACGCAUUGAAGCAUGCAAAACAGAGGCUGAUGGCGUGAAGGCUAUCAUUAACCUUGGUCUGGAGAAGUUCCCUAUUCCUGGUGAACCUGGAUUUCCUUUAGGAGGCCUGUUUACCGCACCGCAAACAAGGGAAGAAGGAGACUUGUUGCGGAACUACUUCAAGCAAGUGCGGGAAGAGACUAGUGGAAGAUUGAUGGAGAAAGUAUAUCGCCAAAAUGGCACACCCAACAAGUGGUGGCUGGCAUUUGCAAAGAGGAAGUUUAUGAAUAUCAUGAUGCCGCUUUGAUUGUGCACUAGCAGUUAUUUCCCUUGUCCAUUCGUUUAGAUUGGUCGACUUAAAUCCAGAGUCUAACUUGAUGUCGUGUUUCAACGUUCUUCACUUGUCGGCUGGCAACACUAAAUUAUUUGGCCUGAUUCUUCCUUCGCCCUAACAUACACAAGUAAACACUCAAACGAGUUCCACUAUUCGGAGGGUGGUCUUUGUGCUUGCUUACCACCUCAAAAGCCGACCUCAUAAGGUAUCAAGUUCUCAGAACGAGCCAUUAGGCUCUAGCCUCAACUGCUUUGAAAAAAGAAGAAGAAACUCAGGAGGAUUGUUACAGGGAUCAGUAGGGAGCUGGAACUGUAGAUAGACUUUGAAUAACUUGUACAACAGCCCAGCGGUUGAAUCUGUACAAUGAACCUUGUUGAGAGGUUUCGAGAAGUAUACAACUUGCUUCAUUUGUGAAGCCUACAGUUUCUUUCACAUCAA